ACCCUCUUUCUUUCUAAACCUUCAAAUCUUUCUUCUCUUAAUUUCAUUUUCCCUUUUUCAUUCAUAAUAAUAAUAAUAAUUCCUCCUUGUAAUUAUUCAAAUUAGGGUGUGUUUGGAAAGUGAUUCAAAAUCAGAAUCAGAAGAAGAAGAAGAAGUAGAAGGUGAAUGUGGUUUUAAAUGAAGGCAGGGAGUGCUGCGAAGUUGAUCGUGGACGCUCUUCUUCAGCGCUUUCUCCCUCUCGCACGUCGUCGUAUCGAAACCGCUCAAGCUCAGGAUGGGCAGUACCUGCGACCAUCUGAUCCGGCCUACGAGCAAGUACUCGAUUCCCUUGCUAUGGUUGCACGCCACACCCCUGUUCCUCUAUUGGAAGCCUUAUUGAGAUGGAGAGAGAGUGAAUCUCCAAAGGGUGCCAAUGAUGCAUCUACGUUCCAAAGAAAGCUUGCGGUGGAGUGCAUUUUUUGCUCAGCAUGCAUCCGCUUUGUGGAGUGUUGUCCACAAGAGGGGCUUACUGAGAAGCUGUGGUCUGGACUCGAAAAUUUUGUUUUUGACUGGCUAAUAAAUGCUGACAGGGUUGUUAGUCAGGUUGAAUAUCCCUCACUGGUUGAUCUGAGGGGGCUUCUUCUGGACUUAGUUGCUCAACUCUUAGGUGCUCUAUCCCGCAUCAGGUUUAGUUCUGUUACUGAGCGAUUUUUCAUGGAACUCAAUACUCGUCGAAUUGACACCAGUGCUGCUAGAAGUGAAACACUUAGUAUCAUUAAUGGGAUGCGCUACCUGAAGCUUGGGGUUAAAACUGAGGGUGGAUUAAAUGCAUCUGCUUCCUUUGUGGCAAAAGCAAACCCUUUAAACCGUGCUCCUCAUAAACGGAAAAGUGAACUUCACCAUGCUCUAUGCAAUAUGCUUUCAAACAUCCUCGCACCUCUUGCAGAUGGUGGGAAAAGCCAGUGGCCUCCUUCUGGUGUAGAGCCAGCACUUACAUUGUGGUAUGAAGCUGUUGGACGUAUAAGAGUUCAACUCUUGCAUUGGAUGGAUAAACAGAGCAAACACAUCGCGGUUGGGUACCCGUUGGUAACACUUCUUCUCUGUCUUGGUGAUCCGCAAAUAUUUCAAAACAACUUGAGUCCUCACAUGGAGCAACUCUACAAACUUCUCAGGGAUAAGAAUCAUCGUUUCAUGGCUUUGGAUUGUCUUCAUAGAGUUUUAAGGUUUUACUUGAGUGUCCAUGCGGCUAACCAGGCCCCAAAUCGUAUAUGGGACUACUUAGACAGUGUUACUUUACAACUUUUAGCAGUUCUAAGGAAAGGAUUGCUUACUCAGGAUGUCCAACAUGAUAAACUUGUCGAAUUCUGUGUUACUAUAGCUGAACAUAACCUUGAUUUUACCAUGAACCAUAUGAUACUAGAAUUGCUCAAGCAAGACAGCCCCAGUGAAGCAAAGGUUAUUGGUCUUCGUGCAUUGCUUGCCAUUGUCCUGUUACCUACAAGUCAGCAUUUUGGUUUGGAAAUUUUUAAAGGUCAUGAUAUUGGCCACUACAUUCCAAAAGUGAAAGCUGCAAUUGAAUCAAUAAUAAGGUCAUGUCAUAGAACCUAUAGUCAAGCACUUUUGACAUCUUCACGGACCACAAUAGAUGCUGUAACCAAGGAAAAGUCUCAAGGGUAUCUGUUCCGCUCUGUGCUAAAGUGCAUCCCAUAUCUAAUAGAAGAAGUUGGACGAAGUGAUAAGAUUGCUGAAAUAAUACCACAACAUGGCAUAAGUAUUGACCCUGGUGUUCGCGAGGAAGCAGUGCAAGUACUUAAUCGUAUUGUGAAAUACCUACCCCAUCGUCGUUUUGCAGUAAUGAAGGGAAUGGCUAACUUCAUAUUAAGACUUCCUGAUGAAUUCCCUCUUCUCAUUCAAACAUCAUUAGGGCGCCUGUUGGAACUCAUGCGCUUUUGGAGAUCUUGUCUAAUAGAUGAUUGGAUGCAACUUGAUGCAGAUGCAAAAUCUCUGGGGCAUGAAACUGAAAGAUUCAGAAAGUCUUCCUUCCAACAAUCAGGCGAAGCAAUUGAAUUUCGUGCAUCAGAAAUUGAUGCUGUUGGCCUCAUAUUCCUUAGCUCUGUUGAUAGUCAAAUUAGGCAUACAGCAUUAGAAUUAUUGCGCUGUGUUCGUGCACUGAGGAAUGAUAUUCGGGACCUGAGGAUACAUGAGCAACCAAAUCAUAUUUUAAAAUAUGAAGCUGAACCAAUAUUUAUUAUUGAUGUUCUGGAAGAACAUGGGGAUGAGAUUGUUCAGAACUGCUAUUGGGACUCAGGGCGACCAUUUGAUUUGAAACGAGAACCUGAUGCCAUUCCUCCUGAAGUGACACUUCAAUCUAUAAUAUUUGAGAGCCCUGACAAGAACAGAUGGGCUCGGUGUCUUAGUGAGCUAGUCAAAUAUGCUGCUGAACUUUGUCCAAGUUCUGUUCAGGAAGCAAAGGUAGAGGUUAUGCAACGUCUUGAUCAUAUCACACCUGUUGAAUUGGGUGGAAAAGCUCACCAGUCACAGGAUGUUGAUAAUAAACUGGACCAGUGGCUUAUGUAUGCCAUGUUUGUCUGCUCAUGUCCACCAGUUGCUCGAGAGUCUAGUGGAAUUGGAGCAAUCAAAGAUCUUUAUCAUCUUAUUUUCCCUUCUCUAAAAUCGGGAUCCGAUGCACAUGUUCAUGCAGCCACCAUGGCUCUUGGCCGCUCACACUUGGAAGCAUGUGAAAGCAUGUUUAGUGAGCUUGCGUCUUUUAUUGAGGAAGUUUCUUCUGAGACAGAAGGAAAACCAAAGUGGAAGGUAUUUCAAAAGGCUCGCAGGGAAGAGCUCCGUGUCCACAUUGCAAAUAUAUAUCGUACUGUUGCAGAAAAUAUAUGGCCUGGGAUGCUGGCACGCAAGCCAGUGUUCCGCCUCCAUUAUCUUAAAUUCAUUGAUGAGACAACCAAACUAAUCUCAGCUUCACCUGAAAGUUUUCAAGACAUGCAACCAUAUCGCUAUGCACUUGCUUGUGUUCUAAGAUCCUUAGCCCCUGAAUUUGUUGAUUCAAAGUCUGAGAAAUUUGACGUUAGAACUAGAAAGCGCCUAUUUGAUCUUCUUCUCUCCUGGUGUGAUGAUACAGGCAGCACAUGGGGUCAAGAUAGUGUCAGUGAUUACAGACGUGAAGUUGAACGUUACAAGUCUUCGCAACAUGCACGAUCAAAAGAUUCUGUGGAUAAAAUAUCGUUUGACAAAGAAUUGAAUGAACAAGUUGAGGCAAUCCAGUGGGCAUCCAUGAAUGCAAUAGCAUCCCUUUUAUAUGGACCAUGUUUUGAUGACAAUGCAAGGAAAAUGAGUGGCCGUGUGAUAUCUUGGAUUAAUGGUUUGUUUUUGGAGCCUACACCAAGGGCUCCAUUUGGUUUCUCACCAGCUGAUCCAAGAACUCCAUCAUAUACCAAGUAUCAGGGGGAAGGUGGCCGGGGAACUGCUGGUCGUGAUAGGCUUAGGGGUGGCCAUCACCGUGUUUCAUUAGCAAAAUUGGCUUUGAAGAAUCUUUUGCUUACAAAUUUGGACUUGUUUCCCUCCUGCAUUGAUCAGUGCUACUACUCUAAUUCUUCUGUGGCUGACGGGUACUUCAGUGUACUGGCUGAGGUCUACAUGCGCCAAGAGAUACCAAACUGUGAAAUACAGAGACUCUUGAGUCUGAUCCUUUACAAGGUUGUGGACCCAUCAAGACAAAUUCGUGAUGAUGCCCUUCAGAUGCUUGAGACACUUUCUGUUCGUGAAUGGGCUGAGGAUGGCAUUGAGGGUUCAGGAAGUUAUCGAGCUGCUGUUGUUGGUAAUCUUCCUGAUUCCUACCAACAAUUCCAAUACAAGCUUUCCUGUAAACUUGCCAAAGAUCAUCCUGAACUAAGCCAACUUCUUUGUGAGGAGAUUAUGCAGAGGCAAUUAGAUGCUGUUGAUAUAAUUGCUCAGCAUCAGGUCUUAACAUGCAUGGCUCCAUGGAUUGAGAACCUUAAUUUCUGGAAACUCAAGGAAGGCUGGAGUGAGAGGUUAUUGAAAAGUCUUUACUACGUAACAUGGCGGCACGGAGACCAAUUUCCCGAUGAAAUUGAGAAACUUUGGAGCACAAUUGCUAGCAAAAAUAGGAAUAUCAGUCCAGUUUUAGAUUUCUUGAUCACAAAAGGCAUUGAAGACUGUGAUUCAAAUGCAUCAACUGAAAUAAGUGGCGCAUUUGCUACAUACUUCAGUGUUGCAAAGCGAGUAAGUCUAUAUUUAGCGCGAAUAUGCCCUCAACGCACUAUUGAUCACCUAGUCUUCCAGCUGUCUCAGCGACGGGAGGAUAGCAUUGAGCCAGUUGGGCCAAGUGCAAAUAAGGGUGAUGCCAGUGCAAAUUUUGUGUUAGAAUUCUCCCAAGGUCCUACUAUGGCCCCAAUGGCAUCGGUUAUGGAUAAUCAACCACACAUGUCCCCAUUGCUUGUAAGAGGUUCUCUUGAUGGUCCACUAAGAAAUGUUAGUGGGAGCUUGAGCUGGAGAACUGCAGGUAUGCCAGGAGGCCGUAGUGUCUCAGGCCCAUUAAGUCCGAUGCCUCCAGAGUUGAAUAUUGUUCCAGUAAGUGCAGGGCGAUCGGGGCAGCUCCUUCCGGCAUUGGUUAAUAUGUCAGGACCCUUGAUGGGUGUUAGAAGUUCAACAGGGAGUUUGCGUAGCCGCCAUGUUUCACGGGACAGUGGAGACUAUCUUGUCGACACUCCAAACUCAGGUGAAGAUGGACUGCAUGCUGGAGGUGCCAUGCAUGGUGUGAGUGCAAAAGAGCUUCAAUCAGCCUUACAGGGUCAUCAGCAGCAUUCACUUACGCAUGCAGAUAUAGCACUGAUUCUUCUUGCUGAAAUAGCAUAUGAAAAUGAUGAAGACUUCCGUCAAUACUUGCCUCUGCUCUUUCAUGUCAUCUUUGUUUCAAUGGAUAGCUCCGAAGACAUUGUACUAGAGCACUGUCAGCAUUUGCUUGUUAAUCUGCUAUAUUCCCUUGCAGGCCGCCACCUGGAGCAGUAUGAGGUGGAAAAUAAUGAUAGGGAGAACAAGCAGCAAGUUGUGAGCCUGAUUAAAUAUGUACAAUCAAAGCGAGGAAGCAUGAUGUGGGAGAAUGAGGAUCCGACAGUUGUCAGAACUGAGCUGCCAAGUGCAGCACUUCUUUCUGCCCUAGUUCAGAGCAUGGUGGAUGCUAUAUUCUUCCAAGGAGACCUUCGUGAGACUUGGGGAGAAGAAGCACUCAGAUGGGCUAUGGAGUGCACAUCAAGACACCUUGCCUGCCGUUCACAUCAGAUCUACAGAGCACUUAGACCAAGUGUAACAAAUGAUGCUUGUGUAUCCCUUCUUCGGUGCCUCCAUAGAUGUCUGGGAAAUCCAGUACCUCAAGUUUUGGGAUUUGUUAUGGAAAUUUUAAUGACAUUGCAAGUUAUGGUGGAGAAUAUGGAGCCCGAGAAGGUGAUACUCUAUCCUCAGCUAUUUUGGGGGUGUGUUGCUAUGAUGCACACAGAUUUUGUCCAUGUCUACCGCCAGGUUCUGGAGCUCUUCUCUCACGUGAUUGACCGUUUAUCUUUCCGUGAUCGCACAACAGAAAAUGUGCUCCUUUCAAGCAUGCCUAGAGAUGAACUUGAUACUAGCGAUUUAGGAGAAUUACAACGUAUAGAAUCUAAAAGUGGCUAUGAACCUCUUCAAGAGGGGAGUUUGCCAACAUUUGAAGGGGUGCAGCCUCUUGUUCUUAAAGGACUUAUGUCGAAUGUCAGUCACAGUGUCUCUAUUGAUGUCCUCUCUCGUAUAACAGUUCAUUCAUGUGAUUCUAUAUUUGGUGAUGCUGAGACAAGACUCCUGAUGCACAUUAUAGGAUUACUCCCCUGGCUCUGUCUUCAACUCAGCAAAGACCCAGUGAUAGGUCCUGCUUCACCACUCCAACAUCAAUAUCAAAAGGCUUGCUCUGUUGCUGCUAAUAUUGCAAUUUGGUGUCGAGCAAAAUCUUUGGAUGAAUUAGCUACUGUAUUUAUGAUUUACUCUCGAGGUGAAAUUAAGAGCAUCGAUAAUUUUCUGGCAUGUGUUUCACCAUUACUGUGCAAUGAAUGGUUUCCAAAACAUUCGACUUUGGCCUUUGGGCACUUGUUAAGGCUGCUAGAAAAGGGACCGGUUGAGUAUCAACGUGUCAUUCUACUUAUGCUCAAAGCUCUCCUCCAGCACACUCCAAUGGAUGCUGCCCAGAGCCCACAUAUCUAUGCAAUUGUAUCCCAAUUGGUAGAAAGCACUUUGUGUUGGGAGGCACUAAGUGUGUUAGAAGCCCUUCUACAAAGUUGCAGUUCAUUGACUGGUUCUCACCCACAUGAACUUGGUUCAUUUGAGAAUGGAAUUGGUGGAACUGAAGAAAAGAUACUUGCUCCACAAACCUCAUUCAAGGCCCGCAGUGGCCCUCUGCAAUAUGGUAUGGGAUCUGGACCAGGCUCAGUUUCUACACCAGGACAUGGUGGGUCAACUGAGGCUGGGGUUUCACCAAAAGAGGUAGCUUUGCAGAAUACUAGUCUGAUUCUUGGUCGUGUGUUGGACAGAAGUGCAUUAGGUAAGAGAAAGGACCAGAAGAAAUUAGUACCUUUUGUGGCCAAUAUUGGUAAUCCAUGAUUGUAUAAUUCUAUAAUUCCAUUUGCUGUAUAUAUUCUGUCCAAAGUUGAUGUAGGGAUUGCUCCAGGAUAGAGUUUGUACAUAGGCAUCUAGAGCAUGGAAUGGAAGUUUUGUAGCUUUCUGUGUAGUUGUAGACAACAUCCUUUGUAUGUCAAAUGUCAUGCAUAAUUUAACUUCAAUGGUAACAUUGUUGUACUGUUUUUCAG